AUGAUCUCCAACGACCAACUCUACCAGUUCGCCAUCUUCCUCGGUUCCAGUGCCAUGCUCCUCAUCAUCCUCUACCACUUUCUCGAAAUCAAUGCCAAAGACUCCCCCAACACUACCUCUGCCUCCGAAGAGCCUUUGGUUAAAGUCACACAAGGCGCGACCCCGGUUGAAAGUUCUGCCACUGCAGCUGGUGGAGGAGCUGCUAGAGGACAGGAGGAGUGGAGGAGUGGAAUGGGCUGCGAUUGGAUUAGACCCGAUGAAGACGAGAACGGAACCACCUUUGCUACCUGUCCGUGA